UACCCUCGAAUAUUCUCAUUUUUUCCCAACCGUUGAGACUGCAAUGCUGUUUCGGUGUCCUAAAGAGCACUUGGCAUAACCCUCCUUUCCGAUAGGCAAAAAGAAGAACCAUCCAUGGCAUCUAAGGCUAAACCCACUCUCAGUCUCAAUCUCAACCUCAACCUCAACCUCAAUGUGAGCCCUUCACUUACUACUUCUCUUAUCGGUAGCAAAAACAUUCUUACCAGAAGAAGACGACCCAUCAAAUCCCUUUUGGCAUCAUACCCUCAUCGACUCUCUCGUUUCCUGAGUUCUGAUUCUUCAACCCAAUUGAACCUUGUUCGCAAUCGUGAGCUUAGCACCCUGAAACGACGCCGUUUCAACCCACACGUGCUCUCUUCGUUGGCAGAGCUCCCUCUUCUUCCGUUCCCUAUAGACCAGAUACUUGUUCCAUCUGAGUGCAGGACACUUCAUUUAUUCGAAGCAAGAUAUCUAGCAUUGCUGGAGGAGUCUUUAUUUAGAAAGAAGAAGCUUUUUGUGUAUUUUGUGUUGGAUCCUAUUGCUACUACUGAUGCAUCAGCAGAAGCAUCGUUUGCUGCUAGAUAUGGUUGUUUGGUUGUCAUAGAAAAAGUUGAGCGAUUAGAUGUCGGAGCCUUAGUCUCUAUCAGAGGUGUAGGUCGUGUCACACUUGUAAAAUUUGUGCAGGCAGAUCAUUACCUGAAAGGUUUGGUAGUACCACUGCAGGACAAUGUUCCUGAGCACGUAAGCGAAAUAAGCUCUAAAGCAAUGGAACUAAAGGAGGCUCUUUACAGUUUGAACAGCUUGGAAAUAAAGUUAAAGGCACCCAAGGAGGUAUUGUUGCAGACUCAAAUUGCAGAUGCUCUAAUGUGGGCUAAGAAGGGACCCUCCCUAGAUUGUGAUGAAGCUUUCAUUCCAUCCUUUGCGGAGCGUCUAUGCUUUGCAGCACUCCAACCUAUUUCAGGAUCGACUCAAUCAGAAUUGCUCGCGUUGCGAAAAGAGAAGUUAAGAGCAAUGGAUGUCAAAGACACGUUAGAACGGCUAGAUAGUUCGACAGAAUUCGUUAAGAAGAAUAUUUCCAUGGUUGCAGCCAAGCUCGCUAUUCAAUCGUUAGGGAAUGAGCAGUGAGCCUUCUGGUGUCAAAAACCCGAAGAUAGAAAAAAGAAGUUAAAUUCAUGCUCAACCAUGAUGGUGAAAGAACAAGCUGAUGCAACCGCGUUGGAAUUGAAAACCAAGAAUUCAGUUAUAACUAUUGUGUAUAUAAUGUUAGAAGUGUAACAAAUUAAAUUUUGUGCUUAUGUGAUAAGCUGGUGUAAAAUGCUUUUUAAACUCUGCAGUCCAGUUCGUCUAAACUAAUUUAUCAUCGUAUUCCUAUA